UGCCAAACAUCAAUCAUCUGUCGCGAACAGAACAGAAAAAAAGUCACUGCGCAUACCACGCAUACCAAAAAAAUAAUAUCCAUUUAAAAUAUUCAGUCAAGAAAGGAAAGAAAGAAAGAAAGAAAAAGAAAGAGCAGAAAUAUCUAUUUUCCCCCGCAAAGAAUUAAAAAAAGAACGGACAGCAGCCCACUCGGCCUCAGGACACAAUAACAGGAGGAGCGUGACGCCCCCGGGCCCCCGGAGCAUGGCACCGGCAUCGUGGUGGCGCCGCCGGUAAGAGGAUGAUGAUGAACGCCAUGACGGAGCCGCGCAGGAUCUCCCGCGUGGGGCUCCUGGAUCCCCCGCCGGACGAGGGGCCGCGCUCCCUGGACGCCGCCCUCCUGCUGCGGAACCUCCCGCCCUCGCCCGCCCUCAAGCGCCACUCGGGCGGCUUCGACAACGUGGGCUUCGACCUGGAAUCCUUUGGCGAGGCCACGAGGCCCGGGAGCCGCCGCCCCUUCGUCAGCGUCCACGUGAGGACGCUCCCGCCGGAGGAGCACGUUCGCUCCACCCUCAGCCGGCAGCCCAAGUCCCUGCCGCCCACGCCCAUCCUCAACGGUCUCGGAGGGCGGAGGGCGGCCUCGACGUCGCCAUUCCUGCAGCAGAACGGGCUGGGCGGCCAGUGGCGGCACCACACGGGCAGCGUUCGGGUCAUCCACAUACACGACGACGAGGAGGCGCCCGCCCGCGUGUCCGAUUCCUCCUCCAGCGGCGACGAAGGCAACCUGCCGAAGAUCACGGCCAGGGGAGGAGGGCGAGGGCGCGGAGGAGAGGAGAGAGGAAGAGUGGGUGAUGGAGUGGGAGUGAAAGAUGGAGCUAGAGAAGGCGCUCCGCAGGGGGGAGGAGGAGGAGGGGGAGGAACAGGGAGCGAGAAAGCCGUGGACUCCUGGAAUUAG